AUGGUUCUUAUCGAUCUAAAACUCACUCGCAACCUCUCUAUCUUGGGACUAUCGCUGCUGACCGGAUUAGUGCUUCCGCUUCAUCUCGAGAGGAGUCCGAUCAGAACGGGUAAUGCUGACUGGGACCAGAUCAUAAACAUGCUUCUGAGUAUCAAAAUGCUUGUUGGUGGAGUCGUCGCUGUGAUUUUAGAUAAUUCUGUCCCAGGAGCAACAUUACGUCAGCGAGGAUUGAAACGACAUGAUGACGAAGAAAAACAAGAAAAGGUGGAAGAUCUGGAAGAUGAC